UCUGUCUCUCUCAUGUACCCUGGUCACGUGAUGCCAAGAGCGAGAGGCAGUUGUUACCAUAAUCUUGCGAUUCAAUUAUGGAUGAUGAAAGUGAUGUUUUGAUCGAAGAAGAUUAUUACUCGUUUUUAAAUAUACCAAGAGAUGCUACGAACGAGCAGAUCAACAAUGCCUACCGUCACCUCAGUCGCAUGUACCAUCCCGACAAGCAUGUGGAUCCGGAGAGGAAGAAGGAAGCAGAAAUUCUUUUCAACAAGACUAAGAAGGCAUACGAAGUCCUGAGCGACCCCCACCAGCGGGCUAUCUACGACACGCUGGGCACUCGGGGGCUGAAGGCCGACGGCUGGGAGAUCGUGCAGAGGACCAAGACGCCACAGGAGAUCCGGGAGGAGUACGAGAGGCUUGCCAGGGAGCGCGAGGAACGUCGGCUGCAACAGCGCACCAACCCUAAAGGCAAUGUCACGGUCCACAUCAACGCGACUGAUCUCUUCAGCAGAUACGAGGACGAUCUGGAGUAUGAGAAUAUAGAGCCAGGAUGGUUCCCCAUGGUGGAGGUGUCGGGGAUGAGCUUCUCACAGUCGACCGAGGCGCCGAUCACACUGCGGGACACGGUGACGCUGUCGGGGCAGCUGGCGAUGCACAAUGGCACGGGGCAAGGCACGGUGGGCGCGACGUGCCGCCACCUGCUGUCCGACAGGGGCUGGGUGGAGACGGAGGUCAGCAUCGGGGGAGGACCGAUGCUGUCGCUGCGGACGUUCCGGACGCUGAGCAAACGGACGUUCGCGAAUGCCGGCAUGACCUUUCAGUCUACACCGCACGGCCUGAGGCCGGGCUUGGUCUUGACCCUCGCGACGCAGCUGGACCGGCACACCGUGGGCUACCUGACAUGGCGAGUGGGCCCGCAGUCGGCCAUGUCGACGACGGUGGUGCGCGACACGCCCGAGUCGCACGCCUCGUGCACGCUGCAGUUCGGUGUGCCGCACUCGUACCUGGGUGCCAGCUACAGCCGCAAGAUGGAGGAGCGCGAGAUGAAGCUGAGGGCCGCUGCCAGGGCCGGCACGUUCGGGGCUCUGGUGGAGGUGGGCUGCGAGAAGAAGGUGUCGGAGCACAGCAGCGUGUCGGCUGCCGUCACCGUCGGGCUGCCCGUCGGCGUCUCUCUCAAGCUCAAGCUGGGCCGCGGUUCGCAGACGUACGUCAUGCCCAUACACCUGUGCGAGGAGGUGCUGCCAGCGCCCAUCUUCUACGCCACCGUCACACCGAUCGUCAUCUGGGCAGUCGUCAAGAAGCUGGUCGUCGACCCGAUCGCACGGGGUGCCGCCCAGCGGGAGAAGGAGCGCCAACGGGAGGCGAACAAGGCCAGAAUGGCAGAAACGAGACGAGAGGCACAGGCUGCCGUCGAGCUGAUGAGGGCCACGUUCGCACGUGUCCGCGCGGACGAGGAAGCCCGCCGGGGGCUGGUGGUGGUACGUGCCCUGUACGGCCGCCUGAUGCCCACCACUGCUGGCGCCUCGACCUCGGGGGGCGGCGCAGCGGUAUCCGACGUCGAAGAUGACGUGGGAUCCCCGGACGAGGUGAUCGACGUGACGGUGCCUCUGCAGUGCCUCGUCCGCGACUCUCAACUCGUGUUGCACGAGUCCUCCAAGAGUCAGCUGCCCGGAUUCUACGAUCCGUGCCUGGGGGAGGAGAAGGCCCUGCGUGUGCAGUACACGUACCACGGGCUGCUGCACGAGGUUACUGUCGGGGAUACUGAGUCUAUCCGACUGCCCAAGCAAGCCCACCGCCUCAACCCGACCACCUGACGGCGGUCCCCGUCGUAGUGCCCGUAGUGCGGCGCGCCGGCAGCUCAGCGGCCCGGCCCGGGGGAGUGCGGCUGCAGCUGCGGGUGCCGACCGUACUCAGGGUGCCGCUCUCCACCUGGCGGGCGCCUGCCUCCGCGCCAGUUUUGCAGACCUCUCGUACUGCGUAGUCUGCCGCAGCUCGUCUCGAGCUCAUUGUAAAUAAGGGAACCUCUCCCGCACUGUCAUUCUGAUAGCGGUUUCGAAAUAAAUAAAAAGUGAAUGUUUAUUUUCUGUGA